AAAACUCCUAGAACACUGCUAUUCGACGUGCUGCAAGUUUCAAGCGCUGGCGCGCGCGCGAGAAGUUCUCGACCUGUUUUCCCGGCAACCGGAAAAGGCUGGGCACUUGCCCUUGUUCCAUAAAAACAUGAAAGGGCAGCACGAUGACGUCGCUGGGCACUCUCCACAGUCCAUAUUCUUGGGCUUCCAGGAGUUCUCCAUCGGACUGGCCGAGUACGCGCCAAAUCGACAUCGCCCAGAACUCAAGCCAGCUUCGUUGCUUGCUGAGCUGCUUGCAUCAACUUCCAGUGCGCCAGUGGUAACGGAGCGGUGCGGACCGGCCGACUCAUUGUCCCGCGCCGGUGUAUCGUCUGCGCCUCCGGCACCUGACUCAUUCAAGUGCGAGUGCGGGCUGGAAGCGGCCCACGAGUGCUGCGUGCCUGGUGUGCGCGGCUGCGGAUGCGACGCGGGCGGCGCACGGGGCAGGCAGGCGAAGGGCACUCGGCCGAUGGACAUACCCCUGCACACGUACUAUCGGGACCCCCGCCAGGUCCGGGAGCGGCAGCGCCUGUGGGCGGCGCUCGUGAGCUACCGCGUGCAGCAGGAGCGGACCGAGCUCGAGCGGCGACACAUCCAGCUGUCUAAUGCGCAGCAGCAGGAGCUGCAGCAGGAGCAGGAGCGGUAGGAGGCGCGGCAACAGCAGCGCACGAGCAAAACGAUGAGCACGCAUAGGCAAACACACUAGCUGGUAGAACAUUUGCAAAGACAUUGCAGUGGCAUGUGUAACGUGCGUGAGAGCAGUACCGUAGAUUGUGGAUAACUUGGGCAUCGAAAUGGAGAUCUAGCGUGCACGCUACUUGCAUGUACGGUGGCUGAUCAUGUACAAGCGACCAGAGCGACAAUUUGAGUACGGUAGCGGGCGAUGAACUUGAACAGGUCCUGCGCAACAUUGACGCAGUGAAAGGCAUGGCGAGCGUGCAGUGUUGAGGCGUGAGAGGUAUGCAGGGCUGAAGCGGGCGUAGGGUCUGGCCCGUGGUGGAGCUAGCGGUGGCCACACUGUACAAUCCGCAAUAGAACUGAUAGAAGUGCUAUGCUGCGCGAGCCUGGGCGAGCUCGCAGUGCUGUGGCAUGCAUUAGGACUGAUCCAUGGGUCGGGAGUAAUAAUAUACUGAAGUAGUUUUAUAGAAGCACGUGUGCAGAUGGUUCAUUACCAGCAACGCAUUUGCUAGUCUGCUACUUUCAAGGCGGGGACAUGUAUGGCCCCUUGAUGACGGGCGCUCCAUGUGCAAGCACCCAAUCGGAUAGCAGCAGGUUAUGAGUGACAAACGUUGAGGGGCAUGUGUGCGGUGGCAUUCUUUUCACAACUGGUGGUGAUGGCGGCGGCGGCGCCGCCGCAGGGGCUUACGUACGGCGGCGGCGGCUGGUGGAGGGCCUGGGCCCAGCAGUGGCGGCGUGCAUGUGUGUAGCAGCGGGGCAGGCAAGGCCACAUGGACGGAGGGGAGCGCGGCCCCGGCGGCCGGCCAAGAAAUAAAGAAACGGCGCCAGUGCGCGGGUUAGAGUCUUUGCUGAUGAGCUGAGCAUGGUACGGUGUGUGGUAGGGUUUGCUGCUGUUUGGACACUUUGGUUUGUUGCCUGCUGCGCUUGUGCUUGACAGCGGGACGUGCAUGGGCUUAAGGGCUAGCGAAGAGCCUGCAUGAGCCGGCCCGACUUCCGCGGUUUGGGCGGGGGCAGGGGUGGGCAGGGGCAGGGGGUUGGGCAGCAGGGUGGCAGGUUUAGGCAGGACAAACCGACUCCGGCUACAGGAGAAAGAGCAUUGUACAAGUAACGGAUGUGACAAGGAAUGGGGACAACUCCAAGAGAUGAUGUAGUUUCAGAACCUUCGGCCUCAGGCAUUGCACCAAGGUGUCGCGGGUGCAGCACACGUUUCAUUCCCCUCGAAAGGGAGAGCCACCUCUGUUGUUCACCUACCCCUCGAAAGGGAGAGCCACCUCUGUUGUUCACCUACCCCUCGAAAGGGAGAGCCACCUCUGUUGUUCACAAUUCGCUCGUUUUGAUGCACGCGGCGACAGACAAGCGGGUCCCACUCCAGGGUUCGUGCCCCUAACG